AGCAUGAUAGCGGUGAAAAGCAGAUGUCUGUAAAAUAUUCCAAACAUAUAAAUUGGCAUCACUGGAGUCCCUCUCUGUCGUUGCAAUAAAAGAGCAUAAAAGCAUAAACAUUAUUUUCAUUUUAAUUAUUUACGGCUGUUGGAAUCAUUUCUCUGCCUUCCCUUAGUAUCCGUUUUGGCAACUGUUAUAAUUUUUGUUUAAACUUCAAGUAUUAAAUACCAAAAUGUCCAACGAAUAUGACAUGUUUGAAAAUUUGAAUAGCUAUUUAAACAAAAGUGAUAACUUUGAUAUCCCGGAAGAAAAACUAGAAAACAUCUUCACAGAGGCAGACUCAGAACCAAUUGAGCAGUCGAUGCCGUUUAAGAAGAAGCCUUUGCUUAGUGUGAAAAACGAUGAUGAGAGUAUUCCGGCUAAAAGAAAACCCACAGAAAUAGAAGCAACUGAGGAUGAAGGUAGCUGUGGGAUUACACCAGCUUCCAGUUCUUCCACCGAGUGUCCGGUUCCCAUACAUUUGGACGAUGAUCUAGACCGCCAAAUGAAAGAAAUUGAAAAACAAUACCAUCUAAUAUUCAAUCAAAACAGUACGUUCACAAAAGAUGACGAGCGUUAUUUCAAUUCGUUAAAAAAGCGUUAUAAUGCUCUUGUAAAGCAAUAUUCAAGACCAGUUCGAAGGAGCUCUAGAAGAGCGGGAACAUCAGUAUUUUGUCAAGAGAUGGAAUCGCUGAAGGAAAUUUUUUUUAACGUUUGUAUGAAUUACAAUUUGAUCCAACCACUAGCAGAGGUGCCAAGCCGCCGACCCCGAAACACAAGACGUGAACCUGAGCUUAUAAAUCUUGUUGACAGUCCGAAUUUGAUUCUACCGGGAGUAGUCAAUUUAGACUCGGAUGAAGACAUUGAAACUACUGCUUUAAAAAAAGCCAAUUUAUCUUUCGAAGCUGAAAAUUACGAAUUAUCCAUUAAAAUUAAAUGGGAAGGCAAUAUCAAAAGAUUUACACAUCGCAAGUUCCAAAAAUUCAGUGAAAUUAUUACACAACUGGCAGUUGAAGCUGAAACCGAUGUGGGUUCUGUUGUUCUAGAUCUCAACGACCGGAUAAUCGAUCCUAAUGAUACUCCUGAUUCGAUUGGUUACAGAAUAAACCAGUUUAUAAAUGGACGGGUUGUAGAAAAAAAACUGGUAGAUACAUUUGCGAAGAAACAAAAGUCCACCGCAAUCAACUCCACCGGUAAAAACUCAAUCAAAAUUAAAGUUCAGUCUGACCAGUUCAAGCAUUCAUUGGAGUUGUCUAUUGAAAAAGAUCAAAACAUAAAGAUAGUUAUAAUAAAAUGUGCGGAAGAGCUAAAGUGCAAUCCGGACAAAAUAAGACUGAGUUUUGAUGGAGAAGUUUUGGAUACAAAUGCUACUGCUUCUGAUUUGGAUCUGGAGGGCGGUGAGGUGUUGGAUUUACAGUUCGUGAAGUGCAACAUUGAAGCUGUCGGAAACAAUAGUCAGUAUGGUUUCAUAGCUGUGGACUGUGAGAGAACUGCUCUUACAAACGCAAUUCCUACUGGUUUACCGAUCAUUUCCUACACGCACCGAGCCAGUGGAUUUCAAAUGGUUCCUGAUCUUUCGUCGUUGAGCGUCACUAUUCGAAGAUUAGAUUUUUCCAACAAUGCUAUAAGAAUAAUACCGGAAAAAUCCUUCGCUGCCGUUGGAGAAUAUAUCACCGAACUGCGUCUGGCAAACAACCUUCUUGGGGACAAUUUGAAUCCAAUCUUCUCAACAACAGAGUUGCAGUCGUUGACUAACCUCAAAAGUCUUGAUCUAUCGUACAAUCAGCUCAUGGCUCUCGAUGAAGGAAUAUUCGUAGGCUGUCGAAAACUUCAAGAGAUUCUGUUGGAUGGCAACAAAAUAUCAUCGGUUUUAACAACAUCUUUCAAGGAUUUACCAGCACUAAAAAUGAUUUCUCUAAGAAACAACCUCAUCGAUAAUAUAUCUGGAGAUUCUUUCAACUUCGCCAACAAAUUGGAAAGAAUCGAUUUGCGUUUCAACAGAUUACAUAGUUUGAAAUCGAACAUCUUCGCAAAUCUGCAAUCAAUGAAGGAACUUCUUUUAGCAGGAAACCUUAUCACCAAUGUGGAUGAACGUGCUUUUAUGGGUGCUGACAUGAUCCAGAAACUAGAUUUAUCUGAUAAUUUGAUAAGCGAUUUUCCUACAGCUGCUUUGAGUUCCAUACAAUCGCUUAAGGUGUUGAAUCUAUCUCUCAAUAAUGUAGAGAAAUUGGAAGCCAAACAUUUACAGCCCUUAAAGAAUUUGCAAAUUCUGGACAUAAGUAGAAACGUGAUCGCGUCUAUUCUUCCUGGUACAUUCCGUGAACAAAUGCUUCUGAAGUAUUUAGAUCUGAGUCUUAAUUCUCUAAGAACAAUCGAAGAUGAUGCAUUCGAAGGGCUUGAUAACCUUCAAACUUUGAUUUUGCGAGAUAAUAACAUUCUUUUGAUUCCCGGCAGCGCUCUCGGAAGGCUUCCAAGAUUAUCCAAUCUAUAUCUGGAUUUCAAUCGCGUCGCUGCGCUCUCUUCGAAUAUUUUAAAAUCCAUUCAACCAGAAAACAUCAGAUAUUUGUCGCUAUCACGAAACGUCAUUCGAGAAUUGCCAUCCAACAGCUUUACAUCUUUCAAAAAGCUAAUUUAUCUAGAUAUUUCUGGUAAUAGUUUGGGUGUCAUAAAUGAAGACACAUUCACUGGACUGGAGAGUACCGUGCUCGAGAUCAAAAUGUCCUACAACAAAAUUGCAUCUUUCAGAAAGAUAGUGCUGCCAAAGUUACGAAGGCUGGACAUUAGCUUUAACAGCAUUGACGACCUAGCUAUAGAUGCCUUUCACGGAUUAGGAAAUCUGCUUUACUUAAAUAUGAGCGGAAAUGAGCAUGUGUCACAAAUAACGAGAACGAUGGUGUACCCAAUGACCAAACUACAAGUGAUUGACGUCAGCAAUUGUGGCUUGAAAACUAUUCAGCCAGAUCUAUUCCAUAACAAUACUGAGCUAAGAAUUAUUUUAUUGGCCCACAAUCAUCUGAAAAACCUGGAAGAAAACACAUUUAUGAGCUUGAAUAAUCUUUUUAGUGUCGAUCUUUCACAUAACGACAUAGCGACGAUCAAACCUCGCACAUUUAUCAACACAAUCAAUUUAAGAACACUGAAUCUGGCAGGUAACAAACUGGUCGAAUUUAAGGCAGAUGUUUUUAACAGUGAAACAGCUAUGGAAAAUUUGGACCUUUCGCACAAUCAAAUUAACACCUUUGCUCCAAGUUCUUUUAAAAUUCAUCCUCGAUUACGUAAGAUAAUUCUAUCUGACAAUAAAAUCCAGCAUUUUGAUGCGGAUCUGAUCAAUAUGCUAGAUUACUUGGAAGUGAUUGAUUUAAAAAAUAAUCAACUCACUUCCAUCGAUCAGCUUGACUUCGCACGUUUUAUGAACCUUAGAGAGUUGUAUUUUGCCCAAAAUCAACUGGAAACAGUAAAUGAUAUGGCAUUUCACAAUUCAACCCAAUUGCAGAUCAUCGAUCUUAGCAACAAUAAUUUGGAACGUUUGACGGAACGUGUAUUCGAAGGUUUGACAAGACUUGAAAAAUUAGAUCUUGGAAGUAACCCUCUGUCGGAGCUUCCUGAAGGAAUAUUCGAUAAAAGCAGAGUCCAAAAAAUCGAGAAUCUCAUUCUGAGCAACAAUAGUUUCCGAUAUGUCCCAUUUGUCGCAUUGAAAGACCAACAAGAUAGUCUCUAUUCAUUAGAUAUGAGUUUUAAUAAAUUAAAAGAUAUUUCGACUACAAAUUCGUUUAUGGUUAUGGUCAAUGUCAAAGACAUUGAUUUUUCGCAUAACCCGCUAUCACAACAAGCUGUUAAAACAUUGCUCGAGCAACCAAAAACUGUUCGAAGGCUUAAUUUGGCAAACACUGGAAUUGACCGUUUGCCAGUUUUAGAAACACCGUAUCUACAAAGUUUGAAUUUAUCAUCGAACAAUAUAAGUUCUAUUGGCGAGCGAGUGUUUGACAAAACCACGUUAUUAGAGUCGCUUGAUCUAUCUUUCAACAAACUGGAGGACUUGGAAAUAAUGAAAAAUGUUUGGCCAACACUUGGUUUAUUAAACUAUCUGGACAUUUCAAUGAAUCCCAUUAAAGCACUGAUGGCACAUGUGUUUGAUUCAUUAAAAAGAUUACGAACACUAAAAAUUCACAAUUUGGACGAAAUAACUCGUUUGGAGAAAAAUGCCUUCAAGCCCUUGAGCAGUUUGUCAGUUUUAGAAGCCUUCAACUUUGCUAAAUUGGGAUACAUAGAUGUAAAAGGAAUACUAGAGGAAUUACCUUCAUUAGCUUCCAUAGAUAUAGAGGUAAAAGAUUCGGUUUUAGAAUCAGAUCAACUGGACGUUAUCGAGCAUCCAAAGCUUACUCACCUAGGACUUUACGGUUAUAUGCUGCAAAGUUUGUCAUCGGGUAGUUUCGCUGGUUUGCGGAACAAAGUUCUAAGCGUUAGUUUGCAGAAUACAUCACUAACAUCUCUGCCUCCAGCUUUAUUGUUACCUCUGCCUCGAUCUUCUUCUAUAGAUUUAGACAUCUCAGGGUCGAGGAUCUCAACUUUGACACAGCCAUUUUUAGGUUCACUGGAUGAUCGCAAGAAUAGUCUCACGAUAACGGGGCUCAGUGAAAACCCUAUAAAGUGUGAUUGCCACGCUAGAGCAUUCCGAAGAUGGAUCAUGGCAGCUAAAAUAACAGGAGUGCGAUGUUUCGCACCGGAAAACAUUCAAGGGAGACUUUUGGUAGAAGUCGGAGAUAAUGAACUGGUUUGUGAUCAAAAGAAAUCUACCACAGUAGUUACAACCACACGAACAUCCACUAUAACAUUUACCAACUACACAUCAGGGUUCACACAGGUCAUAACUAAAGCAACUCCGACAACCGAGCAGGACAUUAUUUGGAGUGUGGCUCCCACAUCAAAGGCCAAGUCGAAGACCAAGAUACCUCCGACAAAACAAAUGCCCAUUACUAACGAUGAUAUGUUGGUGAUAGGUAUCGUAGCUGGAGUGAUUGCUUUUAUAGUCGUUCUUGUUAUAAUUAUUUGCAUGUGCAGGUUGCGUAUGAAUAGCGAUCCUUAUCAAGGUCCACCGAUUGGGCUUUCGUCGAUGCAUCCCAAUGGCGUGCCAGUAAGCUAUAAAAGUGGCAAAGGUGCUCCCAUUUAUCCCAUGGUAGCUCCAUAUGGACAAAAUUAUGCAACUUUACCGUACAAACAAAAUGCAUCUCCAGAGCAACAACCUCGACCUAAUUAUUCCACUAUUGGUCGAAUUCCUUAUCAGUAUCAGAAUCAACAUAUGAUGCCACCUCCAUCUCAUCAUUCAGCAGCUUCUUUGCAUUCAGUUCAUUCUGGUCAAAGUCCAUACAUGGCAUAUCAAGACGAUAAGGCCUACCGAUAGUUUAAAAUUCCCUUGUUUUUAUUUUAUUUUCUAAUGAGAUUUUCUUUUAGUCCAUAAUUUAUUUUUAACUUCUAAGUACAAUUCUUUUCUAAUUAUUUUUUUAACUUAACGUUGACUUGAAAAAAAAAACUGCCAAAUCUUGUCACUGUUACUGAUAAAUCUUAUGCCGAGUUUUGUGACAUAAGAGAGAAAAUAAAAAUGCUCAACCCUAUUUUGUAAGUUUGUAAAUCUAAAUAAAGAACCAGUGAGAAGGAAUGAGUCAUUCAGUGUGCUGACACUGCAUGAUAAAUGAUAAUAAAUGCUGGACGUUUAAUUUGUUAAUGGACGUUCUCGUUUAUAAAAAUAAAUAAUUAAAAAAUAA